CUCGAAUAGUACUAAUAGAUAUAAAAUGAUAUGAAGACAAAAACAAGUUUAAAACAUCAGUUUUCACGUUUCGGCCUGAAGCAUGUAUUGAAUAUUUUAACGAUUUGUUUACAUCUUGAUCAUACUCGUAUAUUUUAUGUCCGAGCAUAAACGGUAAAAAAUAUCUGAUAACGCUGAUGAUGUAGAGACAUAAAGUGAAAUAGAAAAUAAAAAGUUAAAACAAAUCGUGAAAUAGGAAGUCGAAAACGCGUACGGAUUAUGCUUAAUAUCAGAGCGCACCAUAGAAUGCAGAAAUUGAAAUACAAAUUCUGUCGAUAAAGCACAGGAAUUAUUCUACCUGAAAAUGGAAUUCAAAUGACUAUGAGUUGAUGAUAGCAAAAGGUAAAAUUCCUCGCAAAAGAUGCGGAUAAAAAGUUCUUUUCCUUUCCGUCUAUGAGAAAGGGAUUCUUCAAAAGAUACAGUGUCAUCAUUGUGCAAUCUUUUCAUGAAGCCGAGUGCAAAUUACAAAAUGAAAUAACACUAUUUAUAACACAGCCUAGAAUAAAAAUUUCUAUGUAAUACACACACGAAUGUAUGUUCUAUUAUAUGUAAUUUGAGAAGAAGUACAGUUGUAUAUCAAAAAUUUGGUUUUGGAAAGAAACAAAAUGUUUAAUUUCCACAACAGAUCAAAUCAAAUCAAAACAAUGCUGGUUUUGAUUGCUUGCUCUAGUGUUGUUAUAGUUGGCUUCACAAGACUGAACUUUCCAUUAGUAAAAACGUUGCUUACAGAAAACAAUGUAAACCGUAUGUCAUUUAUAAACAGGUCUAACACGAGCAACAAAAACACAUCAACUGUUUUUGCACUGAAAAGCGAUAAAAUAACAAAUAAUGACGUGUUAAAGGAAUCGCUUUUAAAUCAUAGUGCAAUAAAUUUCAGAAACAAUUCCAAUGUCAAACACAUGUAUGUGUCGGUUUACAAAAUUGGAAUACUAAUUCCGUCCACGACAAGAAAUAUAAAAAAUCCGUCUUUGAAUAAAUUGAGUCUUAUCAAUAAAUGUAUACCAUCCAUAUUUAAAUUCAUUGAAAAGAAAUAUAAUUUUCUAAUCUACAUUGGAGUUGAUAAAGGGGAUUACCUUGAAACAGUUAAGCAUGAACUUGAGACAAUGUUUGAUAAAAUAAAAGUUGUGGUGACAAUUGGCGGAUCAUUUACAAAAACUGCCAAUGCAAUAGCUAGAGAAGCUUAUACAGAUGGUAUGGAUUAUUUAGUUCGUAUAAAUGAUGAUACAACGUUUGAAACAAACAACUGGACUUCUCAAGGGAUAAAAGUAUUACAGAACUUUUCUCCGCCGAAUAUAGGCGUUGUAGGGCCAACUUGUAGACAGGGCAAUACCGCCAUUUUAACACAUGAUAUGGUACAUCGGACACAUUUGGAGAUUUUUGAUUUUUACUACCCUCCAUACUUUGAUAAUUGGUGGUCAGAUGAUUGGAUAACAAGGGUGUACCAACCGAAUCGCUCAACUAAAUUAAACACAUGGGUGGUAAAACAUCAUUUAUCUGCACAUAACACUAGAUACAAAGUGGACUUAAAACAACAUUCCCGACUUGAUAAGACUUUAAUGUUUGAUCUAGAAAGACUUUCGAAAUAUCUGGAAAGUCAUAACCGAUCACGACACACCCUUUGAGGGUUCUUCUUACUAAAUGGCAUCGAAUUCUUAGAUAAAGAAUAUUGUAAAAGCCAAUUAUGAAAUAGAUAAUGCAUUUAAGGGCAAUGACAGUGGUUUGAUAUACUUUAUAAAAACA